UUAUCAAAACAUGGCAAUGCUUUUGCAAGCAAGAAGAAUAUUGACACAAACCCUGCCUAGAUGCAACUCAAACUCAUCUCAAGCCUUCGUUAAGUUACUAGGAUCGGCGUCGCGGGGCUUGCACGGUAAUGUCCCGCGAAGUAAGUUGUUCGAUCCGAAUGCGACGUCAGGGAACGUCAUCACUUGCAAUGCUGCCGUUGUUCGGGGUCCGAAACAACCUUUUCUUAUGGAAACAAUCCGAGUUGAUCCCCCGAAGAAGAUGGAGGUCCGAAUCAAAAUCCUCUACACUUCAAUCUGCCACACUGAUCUAAGCGCUUGGAAAGGCGAGAAUGAAGCUCAGCGAGCAUAUCCUCGGAUUCUAGGACACGAAGCUGUUGGGCUGGUUGAGAGUGUAGGUGAAGGUGUCACGGACCUUAAAGCGGGCGACCAUGUGAUUCCAAUCUUCAAUGGAGAAUGUGGCCACUGCCCCUACUGCACAAACAAAACAACCAAUCUCUGCCAAACUUAUCGCGUCAACCCGUUCAAGAGUGUGAUGGAAAAUGAUGGAAAGUGUAGGUUUUCUACCAUGAAUGGAGAGCCCAUAUUCCAUUUUCUCAACACAUCGACUUUUACCGAGUAUUCUGUGCUUGAUUCUGCCUGUGCUGUCAAGAUUGAUCCUAAUGCUUACCUCAAGAAGAUGAGCUUGUUAAGUUGUGGUGUCUCUACCGGAGUGGGAGCCGGAUGGAAUGCUGCCAAUGUACAAGCUGGAUCUAGUGUGGCAAUUUUUGGUUUAGGGGCCUUGGGACUUGCAGCUUCCGAAGGAGCACGAGCCAGAGGAGCAUCCGAAAUAAUAGGUGUUGAUAUCAACCCAGAAAAGCUCAAUAAAGGCAAGGAAAUGGGAAUGACUCACUUUGUAAACCCAAAAGAUAGUUCAAAGCCAGUGCACCAGAGAAUCAGGGAAAUGACUAGUGGAGGUGUGGAUUACAGCAUUGAGUGUGCAGGGAAUGUGGAGGUUCUCCGAGAAGCCUUCUUGUCCACUCAUGAUGGCUGGGGAAAGACGGUAGUCUUUGCACGUUUGAGGUCUAACAGGCAAGCACUUGAAGGCAAAUGGCAUUGA